AUGGCUCCCGGAAAGACGCGUCCUGGACGCUCGCUGGCUGACCAGCUAGCAGAACUUGAAGAUCCUACUCCCAAGGAUUUUGAUCCCGAGGAUCUCGAUCGUGAUGGACAAUCCAGCGAUGAAGAGACUGGCAAUGCGCCAGACAUGAAUGCUGGUAGAGAGCACUAUCAGUCGGUUGGCAAAGCAAAACUCCGGAACCAAGAGCCCGUAACAUUGGGCAAGCAGUACGCUGGUUCUCAUGUCAGCAGAGAUGCCCUAGAUGCGGACAGCGACGACGACCCCUUUGCAGCGCAUACCGAUGAUGACGAAGAUAAUGACGACGAUGACGUGGAGGAUGAGCAGGACCAAGACACCAGUGGAGGCUCCGAAAACGAAGUCUCUGGAGAUGAUGCCUCGUCAAAUGAAGAUCUUGAAGGAUCCGAAACGCAAGAUGAUAGCGAGGAGGAAGACGGAGAAGCAGUAGAGGGUGAAGACGGCGAGGUGCUUGAUGACGAGGAGGACCAGACCGAUCUCAAAAAGAAUUUGAAAAAGAGUCGGCAUGUUGAUCGGCCCCAAAAGCAAGACGAUCGCGAGGAACUGCGCAAAUUAAUGGCGUCCGAUCAGAAAACAAUUGCCGCAACAAUUUCACAGGCCGCCAAGGCUGAUGCCGCAAAGGGAAAGGCUGUGAAAGAACAACGCGCCACUUUUGACGCGCUUCUCAACACUCGAAUCAAGUUGCAAAAGGGAUUGAGCGCGAUUAACGAGAUGUCAGGUGCUUUGGAAGAUGAUCGCACGGCAGAUUCCAAUGAGAAAGAAGAAAACUCGGAAACGAUCAAAUCAGCUGAAUCCGCCGCGAUUGCCCUCUGGUCUACUCUCGAAGAGCUGCGCACCGUGUUGUCCGACGCUCACUCUAAAGAGGGCGCGAAGAAGCGCAAGCGUCCUUCGCCGGUCACUUCUGCAACCACCACCUUUACUCUCUGGGAACGCAUGAAUAAACUCGAAUCUGGAUCCCUCCCUCACCGUCGUUCAGUCCUCGAUAAGUGGUCUUUAAAAGUCCGCGGAACCUCAACGUCUCGUCCCGACUCUGGGGGCAAGUUACUUGGCUCAUCAUCUGGCCUUCAGACUGUCACAACUGUUCUUGAUGCCCAAGUUGCAACUGAGCUCGGCGAUCGCUCAUCCAAACGCGCUCGCCCGAACGCGACUGCAAAUGGCUCUGAUUCCACAGAUCAGCACCAACCAAUCUACGAUGAUACCGUUUUCUACCAAUCCCUCCUGCGCGAACUUGUCGAGCAACGCAUGUCCUCCGAAGCCAUCUCCGGCGGUCUCGACACUUUGCAGCAACUCCCCUCCCGCCUUCCGAUCCAUCCUAUCACAGGAAUGCGCAAUGACAAGGUCAAGCGAGACGUCGACACCCGGGCUUCGAAGGGCCGCAAGAUGCGCUUCAACGUGCAUGAGAAGCUGCAGAACUUCAUGGCCCCCGAGGAUCGUGGUUCCUGGACUGGUCGGGCAAGAGAUGAAUUCUUUGCUUCGCUUUUGGGCAAAACGGCUAGCGGGCUGUUGGGUGAAGGUGAUGAGAGCGAUAGCGACGUCGAUAGUGACGGUGAACGUGAGGAGGGUGGCCUGCGUUUGUUCCGUGGUUGA